UUUGAAACAGCAAUGUUGACUACUCUAUCUAUUUAUGUCUCUGCGCUGUGAAUUACUCUUGUCUUCUGCGUUGUUGAUGUGGAAUGGAAAGAAAACCAAUGCUGAUUAAUUUUUGCUGAUAAUCCAAGCCGCAUUUUCAUUUUUAUAACUUAUAAUACGUGUACAUUAAGGUUUAUUUCAGAUUAGUUAUGUACUGAUCAGUCAUAGUUUCUUGUUGUAAUAUAAAAUUCUUUACAAUGUCUUCGUUCAAUGCUACAGAAUACUUUGAAAAAGCAGCCUUGUUUUUGGUUACACCGCAAUGUUACAACGAAUUUUUUAUUGAAUACAAUUUUCUCCAUGAACAAUGCAUCAAAGCCCUUAUAAGCAAAGGUCUCGGAUUGGCUAUAGUAGCUGGCUCUUGCAUGGUGAAAGUGCCUCAAAUACUGAAAAUAAUGCAGAACAAAAGUGCCGCGGGAGUUAGUUUCACAAGUGUCCUCUUCGACUUGUACGCCGUUGUGGCGGGCGUCGCAUAUGCCUAUGCUAAGCAAUUUCCAUUCAGUGCCUGGGGCGACGCUCUGUUCCUGCUGAUUCAGAGCACGAUAAUCACAGCUCUGGUGCUCGGAUACAACUUCUCGCCGUCUGCAGCCGCCUCGUUUGUGGUGGCCUUUUGCGGGGUGCUGGUGGGUCUCAUCGGGGGAUUCACCAGUCUCGACGUUCUCUGGUCCAUGCAGGCGGUUAGCGCGCCCAUCAUGUUCGUUGGCAAGCUGGUGCAAGCAUACACAAACUACGCAAACGGCAGCACCGGUCAGCUGUCGGCGAUGAUGUGUUUCAUGCUGCUGUUUGGAUCGACCGCUCGCAUCUUCACGUCGAUCGAGGAGACAGGCGACCCCAUCAUUGUGCUCAUCUACUCGCUGGCCACGGCGGGCAACGCCCUGCUCGUCUCACAGUUCAUUUACUACUACUUCAAGGCCAAGUCAGCCGGUGCCAAGGGUGGCAAGCCGGCUAAGGGCGCAAAGGCGGCCAAGGCUAAGAAGACUAGCUAGCGAGUUGAAACGGCGUUAAUGUAGCAACUUGGCCUAAUAAGAUCGAUCUCGCUGGUAAUGGAUCUAGUAUAAAUCACCAUUCUCCAAUUAAAUUCUUCCUCAUCAAAGGCUUAAAGCUUUAUUUUCAAAAUUCCACUACACGUUUAAAUUAUUAUCUCAACCCAUCGAUUAGGCUAAUCGAAAUCGAUAAUUUAUUGAAUCUAGUGUUGUAGUCAAUUUUUUGUAAUCGGUUGCUUUGUGUUUGUGUCAAUUUUCUAAGAGAUGUAGGCUAGCAUAAUGUUCGUUGACGAAACGAAAUAAAUUAUAUUUUUGCAAAAUAG